GGACCUACCCUUUUGUAAUUUUUGUCUGUCCGUGGGAAAAACCUAUGGGCUAGCCAGAAAGUCGAACUCGCAUAUAAAAAGGAUGGAUGGUUCACAGUAGUUCAGUAUAAUCUACUGUUGAUUUGUGCAGUCGACAUCGUGUUUAGUUACCCAACCUCAGUUUCUCUUCCAAAAAGAUGUUCAAAUUCCUUAUCUUCUUCGCACUCGCCAUUAUCUCAACUAUCCCAGAUAGCACCACCGCUGCAGCGGUAGCCUAUGUCGAUGACCUAGCUGAAGAACCAUUUGCUUACCUUGGUCCUCAGUUGAGAGAAAGGAGGUCACCACAAUUAUCUGGAGGAGGUUCAGGAUCUGCCGGAACAAUAAGGUACGAUGGACAAAAACAGGUGUGGAGCAACGGGAAGACUGGAGUGGACGCGACUGGAUUCGUCCAGCACAGCUGGCAGAAAGGAACACCCUCCCAGACUGACUACGGUUUGGGCGCCACUGUCAACCGCAACCUCUACUCCGGCAGAAAUGGCCAGUUGGACGCUUACGCUGGAUUCCAGAGGCAGUGGGCUGGAAGACCUUCCAAUCAGUACAACGCCGGCAUUAGAUAUCGAUUCUAGAACCAUUUUUGCUCUUGAAUCUAUGUUUAGUUUCAUGAAACGCUACCAUUUAUCAGAAAGUUUUAUGAGUAUACAAGUAUUAAAUCCCUCAUGUAUAAAAAUGUAGAUAACCAAAUGAUGUUAAUAUAUUAAGAAGCUGUAAAUAAUAAAUUUCAAGUAAUGUAUAGUGUAUGUAUUAAGGAAGAAGUUUUCUUUGCCGUUUAUAUACUAUUUAUAGAGAGCUAUAUAUAGUAAAUCACGAAGAUAUUUUCUUUUCAAUUUUGUUGUUGUGGUUAAAUAAACACAUAUUAUCUUAAAUUAAUUUGUUUAUAAUUUACCCUCUUUUUUUAUUUUAUUUUUUUAUUAAAUAUAACAUAUUUUACCAACGAAUUGGAGGUUUGCCAACGGGUUGUAUAUUGUCUGUGACUCUGAGAGAAAUACCCAUGAAUAAGUUGCCUUGUGAUUGUGGGUUUAUGGUUGACUGUAGUGAAUAAUUGAAGAGAAGUAUGGUUAGGAUGAUCAGUCAAAUUAAAAUGGUACAAAAUAAAUAAUUUUAUUUAUUUAUUAACAGGAUAAAUAAAUAAUUUUAUUAUCCUGUCUGACUUUACUUCUUGUUCAGCAGCCCUGAUAAAGGCUUGAACAACGGGCCGAAACGGGCUUGAAAAAGGCCAAAAUAAUUUUCAAUAGAAAUAUCAGAUUUAGGUACUAACUUUUUUGACACAGAACGAAUGCUGGUAGUUGAGUUUAUCCUGCCCCGAUCAUCUCUUUGUACAACAUGGUAUGUUUUGGGGGAUUACAUUUUUAUUAGGAAUGCCACUGGAUAAUGAUGAUAUAUUGAUGAUAAUUAUCCAGAAAUGCUUAAUAAAUAUUAAUAACAAAAAAAUAGUCAAAUAAAUUUGGAUCUAUAAUAUAUUGAUUGGUCCAGGAUUAAUUAAUUGGAUUUCUUUUCUCAAAGGCUGGUUUGUGUUUAU